AGUUAGCACCUGUAACUAACGCGAUUAGAAAUGAAAAGUGUUUUAUUUACAUUAUUCUGUGCAUUUAUAUGUUCGGAAAGCUAUGGAGCCACUGGAGAAAAACGCGUCAUCUGCUACUAUGGAUCUUGGGCAACAUACAGAAACAGUCUUGGAAAAUUUGAUGUCAGCGACAUCAACACUAGUCUUUGUACUCACAUCGUGUAUACUUUUCUCGGUAUAAAUACAAAGGGUACUGUCAUUUCCUUAGACCCUUACUUGGAUUAUCCUGACAAUUGGGGUAAAGAUAAUUUACGUAAGUUUAGUACACUGAAGCAGCAAAACCCAGAUGUGAAAACUUUAAUGGCCGUUGGUGGGUGGAAUGAAGGGUCAGCUAAAUAUUCUCUUAUGGCCGGCAACCCUACUCUUCGAAAGAACUUCGUCAAAACUGCCCUUGAAAUGGUUCAGAAAUAUAACUUCGAUGGCUUAGACAUUGACUGGGAGUACCCCAACCGGUACGACUCAGUGUAUGGGCCUGCCGACGUUGAUAACUUUUCUCAACUCUUGAAAGAACUACGAGAAGAAUUUGAUAAAAACGGACUAUUGUUAACCGCUGCCGUCUCAUCUAUAAAGAAAGUGGCUUCGCAGUCGUACGAUAUACCGGUUAUUAGCCAAUAUUUAGAUUUUAUAAAUGUAAUGGCGUACGACAUGUACGUAGCGACGGAUCCUGAGACUGGUCAUAAUGCUCCUCUACAUAAAAGCGAAGAUGAUGACGACAUACCGAUAGAAGACUUAAAUACUGUUGAUGGUGUUUUGGAGUAUUGGCUUAGUCAAGGUUGCCCACCAGAGAAACUUGUACUGGGUGUACCAUUAUACGGCCAUACCUUCAAAUUAACAAAUGCUAAUGAGAAUGGAGUUAGAGCACCCUCAAGUGGGCCUGGUAUCGCAGGGCCUUAUACUGCAACAAAAGGCCUCAUCGGAUAUAAUGAGUUGUGCCAGAAAUUUAAAGCAGAAACUUGGAAUCUUCUAUAUGACGAUUCAGCCAAAGUACCGUAUGCUGUACAAGGUGAAAAUUGGAUUUCCUUCGAUGAUGCAGAUUCUAUAGCAGAUAAAGUACAAUAUGCCCUUGAAAAUAACGUCACUGGUGUUAUGGCUUGGAGUAUAGAGACUGAUGACUUCCGAGGAAUAUGUCAAGAUGAAGAUUAUCCUUUGCUAAGGUCAAUUAAUAAAGCUUUAGGACGAUCUGUGGAAGCUCCGAAUACAACACCUUCCAGUCCACUGACUACUGCAACAACUGUUUCUACAGGAGCUGUUUGUAAAGAAGACGGAUUUCAAGCAAAUUCUGAAGACUGUUCAUCUUUUUAUUAUUGCAUACGCGAUUCAGGUGGUAACUUUGUAGCAAAGUUGCUCCACUGUCCUGGAACCCUUUUAUGGGAUCAGACAAAUCAAAUCUGUAACUAUCCCGAUCAAGUUAUUUGUUAAAUUUAUUGUUUAUGACUUUUUUUUUGUAUUUGAAUUGUACCGAUGGAAAAGAGACUAAUAAAAAAGUGAGCUUUAAGAAUAAAAGUAUAAUACUGAUCGGACAGAACCAGCUCCUUUGUUAAAAAAACACUAAUGUUUAAACCCA